AUGUCCGAGGCAAGGAUGGUUGAGGCUCACAAGGACUGCCUCGUGGAAGACCUGGAUCCUCCAGCUGAGCAUCGGAGCGAGGCUGACCGGGAACCCUCCAGCCGCAACUCCGUGGUCAUCUGCCAGGCAGCGGGGAGAAGUAUUUUCACUUCUGGCACCUCCUCAGCGGCGGAGAGGGUGGGCUUGAUGCUCAAGCGCCAAGAGGAAAGCGAAGAGGCCAGCCACCCGGUGCUCUUCAUACAGCUCUCUGAGCUCUUCAGCACCCCUGAAGGCCUAGAGUGGAGGGAAACAGCCAGGUGGGUUAAAUUUGAAGAGAAAGUGGAAGAUGGAGGAGAACGCUGGAGCAAACCUCACGUGACCACGCUGUCUCUGCACAGCUUGUUUGAGCUGCGGACGUGCAUCAGGAAAGGAGCUGUCCUCCUGGACUUGGAAGCUCACAGUUUUAAGCAGAUAGUUGAGAAGGUGAUCGAGACCCAGAUAGAGAAGCACGCUCUCCAGCCAGAGCUGAUGAAGAAGCUCUGGUACGUCCUGCUCCUGAGACCUCAGCACCACACGACCCGAUCCCACCUGCAGGUGUUGCUCGAGAUGGGCUCGGGCUCUUGCUCUGACAAAGCCCACAGCCACUCAGAUCCAGAGGGUGAAGUUUUGGAGAUGCCUCUUAAGGAACAGCUGAAAAACCGUUUUAAGAAGAAGAUUCCGGCCGGGGCCGAAGUGGCCAACGUUCUUGUAGGGGAGGCCAGCUUCUUGGAGAAGCCCUUCGCUGCCUUUGUGCGCUUGCAGGACCCUGUGUUUCUUGGGGGCUUGACGGAGGUCGCUUUUCCUAGCAGGUUCCUCUUCAUUCUGUUGGGCCCCAGAGUCAAAGUGAAGGCCUACCAUGAAAUUGGCAGAGCUGCAGCCACUCUCCUGACAGAUGAGCUUUUCCAGCGGGUUGCUCGGAAGGCCCAAAGCCCAGAAGAUCUCAUUGCAGGGAUCGAUGAAUUUCUGGAUGAACUGACCAUUCUUCCCCCAGGCAAAUGGGACCCAACCACUCGCAUUGCUCCCCCCAAAUGCUUGCCCUCCCCACAAAAGAGGAUCUCCAUGCACUUCCGCGAAUGGAGCCUGCAUUCUAAUGGGAACGCUUCUGCCACGGAGGAGCGGCAUCUCCACGGGCACCAAGACGCCAGUGAAGAGCUGAGGAGGACGGGGAGACUGUUUGGAGGGUUAGUGAUGGACAUUAGAAGAAAAGCAUUUUGGUACUGCAGCGAUUUCUAUGACGCGGUGAACCUCCAGUGCUUCUCUGCCACCCUUUACAUCUACCUGGCCACAGUCACCAACGCCAUCACCUUCGGAGGGAUGCUGGGGGAUGCGACAGAGAACAUGCAGGGGGUGAUGGAAAGCUUCCUGGGCACGGCUAUCGCUGGAGCCUUUUUCUGCCUGUGUGCCGGACAGCCUCUCACCAUCCUGAGCAGCACUGGGCCCGUCCUGGUCUUCGAACGGCUUCUCUUCUCUUUCAGCAAAGAUUACAGCUUUGACUAUUUAGAAUUUCGCCUCUGGAUUGGACUCUGGGUGGCCUUCUUUGGCCUCAUUCUGGUGGCGACCGAAGCCAGCUACCUGGUGCAGUAUUUCACUCGCUUCACAGAGGAAGGCUUCUGUGCCCUCAUCAGCUUCAUCUUCAUCUACGAUGCGGUUAAGAAGAUGCUGUCCCUGGCGGAUCAUUACCCCAUCAACUGGAACUACAAGAUCAGCGAUGUCCCCUUGUACGGUUGCACCUGCCGUGGGCCAGAGAGAGGAAAUUUCUCUCUGGUGAACGAGACACUGUCCCCUGCUUCCCGCAGUUUUGGAGAGCAGUCUAAUUUGGAGUUCGGCAACUGGUCCCUGCUGACCAAGGAAGACUGCGUGCAGCUUGGUGGCCACCUGGUGGGCAACAGUUGUAACUACGUUCCUGACAUCACCUUCAUGUCAUUCAUUCUGUUCCUGGGGACCUUCCUUUGUUCCAUGAUACUGAAAAGCUUCAAAACCAGCAGCUACUUCCCCACAACGCUGAGGAGGCUUGUAGGUGAUUUCGCCAUCAUUCUGGCCAUCUUGAUCUUCUGUGGGAUUGACGCUGUCCUCGGUUUGGAGACUCCUAAACUCCUUGUGCCCAGUGAGUUCAAGCCUACAAACCCAACCCGAGGCUGGGUUGUGUUCCCCUUUGGAGCAAACCCCUGGUGGGUCUACCUGGUCUCCUCGGUGCCUGCCGUUCUGGUCAUCAUCCUCAUCUUCAUGGACCAGCAAAUCACGGCUGUCAUCCUCAAUCGCAAAGAAUAUAAAUUGAAGAAAGGGGCAGGAUUCCACCUGGAUUUCUUCUGCGUCUCCCUGCUGAUGAUUUUCACCUCGGUCAUGGGCUUGCCCUGGUAUGUGUCCUCCACAGUCAUCUCCCUGGCUCACAUGGAUAGCCUGAAGAAGGAGAGCACCACGUGUGCUCCAGGCGAGCAGCAGAAGUUCCUGGGAAUCAGGGAGCAGAGAGUGACGGGGCUGAUGGUUUUCCUUUUCACCGGACUGUCUGUGUUCUUGGCACCUGUCCUCAAGCUGCUGGCUCUUGUGGGCAUUCGGAAGGGGAUGGGAUGCAUCUUCUCCCGCCAUGAUCUGGCCUGGCUGGAUGAUAUCAUACCUGAAAAAGACAAAAAAGAGGAAGAGGAAAAACUGAAAGGGAAGCAAGACCCAGACGAGAGUGACAGUGAAGAGUCUGAACGUAUGUACCAAGAGAAAGGACCAGAAAUCAACCUCUCUGUGAAUUAGAGGGACCGAGGAACUCCAAUGGACGAGACGAAAGAUGAACCCCAGUGACGCGUGGGAUUUCCUGAAGGUCUCUUCGCAGCAGCAGAUGGGCUGCAUUGAGAAAUAGGUCACUGCCGAUGCUUUACAGAACAUGGCUUAUUCAUGAUGGUUGUAACACGAAAAGUGGAGAAAGAUAAUCCAGGGAAUUGGAAAUGUAUGACAAAGAAAGAUGCGCAGUCUCUCUUCAUCUGCCAGAUGCACACUGUGUUGUGUCUCACAGAUGUACGCAGGACAUACUCUAUCAAGAUGGCCUUGAGCAGUCUGGGAAGGUCACCAUUUGUACAGCCACUGGUGUUCUUAUUUCCCAUACUGUUUGACAU